UGAGCAAAACCGAACCAAACCGAACUAACCGAACCGAACCGUACAAUUUCGGUUCGGUUUGGUUUGAAAUUUUUGAAAACUCCGGUUAGUUCGGUUUUCGGUUAUAACCGAACUAAAAGUUCGGUUCGGUCCGGUUUCAGAAAAACAAAACUUCGGUUUAACCGAAAUAACCGAAGUUUUUAUAUAUAUAUUUUUUAAAAUUAUAUUUAUAUAUAAUAUAUAAUAUAAAUAAUAUUAAUAUACAUUACAGAUAAUUUACUCUUAAGUCUUACCCGUUAACUCUUCUGACCUAAUUCCUAAAUCUCUACGACUCUACCCAUCUGCUAUCACCCACCGCCCGCGCCUUGCGCCGUGACCUCAAGUUCCGACUUCCGAUUCAGAUUGCAUUACAACCUUCUACUUCUACUUCUGAAAUCCGACUUCAACCUGACUUCAAGUUCCGAUUCAGAUUGCAAGUUCCGAUUCAAGCUGCAAGUUCGAAAGUCGAGAGUCGAGACUUCUACUUCCGAAAUCCGAGUUCAGUUUUGAAGAUGUCACAACUUCCACUUCAACCCGAGAUAGAAAUGAAGGAUUCCAACGACAACGAGGCUAAUACAAAUACUCAAACUCAAGCAAGUUCCGCGAAGAGGAAAAGGAAGCCCAUUGAUAAGAGGUCGGAUGUGUGGGAUCAUUUCACAAAGUUCACGGACGCGGAGGGCUCUCUAAAAUCAAGGUGCAAUUAUUGUGAUAAAGAGUACUAUAGUGAUCCUAGUAAGAAUGGCACCUCUAGUCUUCGUGCUCACCUUAAAACGUGCAAUAAACUUCCACUUAGCGGUGAAUCAAAACAAACACAAUUAUCUAUUCAAUCCGUAGGUGGGAGUGAUCUUCUUAAAAAAUGGCGUUUUGAUCAAAAAGCUUCUAGACACAAAUUAGCUUCCAUGAUCAUUAUUGAUGAACUUCCUUUUAGGUUUGUUGAGGGGGAGGGUUUUAAGGAUUUCAUGCAAACUACUCAACCACUUGCUAAGUGUUGCUCAAAAACUUCAAAAAGCAUUUGAGUUAUUUGAAAGCAUGGAUCCAUACUUUGCUAGUGAGCUUAAUGAGGCCAAUGGGGUGCCUACAACUUGGGAUUGGGCUAAUGUUAGAAGGAUGGUUGAUAUCUUGGUUCAUUUUUAUGAACUUACUAUUAGAAUUUCGGGUUCUUUGUAUGUCACAUCUAAUAUAUUCUAUCAUGAGAUUAGCACGGUCAAUUAUUUAUUGAAAGAUUGGAUGAAGAGUGAUGAUAUUGAUGUGAGUUUAAUGGGUGAGAGAAUGAAAGAAAAAUAUGACAAAUAUUGGGGUGAUGUGCAUAAAAUGAACAAACUCAUAUAUGUUGCGGUUGUUGUUGAUCCUAGAUACAAAUUAGAGUUUAUUGAGUUUGCACUUGGUGAGGAAUAUGGAAAAGAAGUUGGUUGGAAGUUGGCAAAUGAUACAAGUUUAGUGAUAAGAGAGUUAUUUGAGGAAUAUAAGAGGACUUCUCAACCUCAAACCACCCAAACCAAUCAACAAGGUCAACCUUCAAGUAACACCUCAAGCCUCCAUUCAACAUCUUCACGGGCAUCUUCUUUGGGAGCUAGAUUCAUGAGGCAAAAAAUGGCUAGUGGAGAAGUAGAAUCCAAGUGUGAAUUGGAUAUUUAUCUAAGAGAGAGUGUGUUUGUUACAAAAAAUGAUGAUGAGUUUGAUAUUUUGAAAUGGUGGAAAGUUAAUUCAAGUAGAUUUCCCAUUCUCUCACAACUUGCUCGUGAUGUACUAGCAAUUCCCAUUUCUACCGUAGCAUCGGAAUCCGCUUUUAGUACGGGUGGAAGAGUUCUUGAUUGUUAUAGGAGUUCUUUGACUCCAAAAAUUGUGGAGGGUUUGAUUUGUGCUCAAGAUUGGUUGCGAGGAGCCAAACGUCCAAAAACUAUUGAGGAAGACAUAAACGAUCUUGAGAAAUUUGAAGAAGUAUUUUCUGCCCUUUCAUUAAAGGAGUUUGCUCAAGCUAAUACUAUAGACCUGGACAUGGAAUGAUGAAUUUGUGAAAUGUCAUGGAUUGGUGAAGCCUGAAGAGGACCAAUGUUUUUGGUAAUGAAUCUGCUCUCUGGUUUGUAUGCUCUGCUGUUUGUUUGUAUUGAUACCAGGUUAUGUUUAGCAGUUUAAUGUAUACCAAAAAUUGAUUUCAAACCCUUCAAGGCAUUUAUAAAUAUAUUCCCCAGUUCUUGCUUCAUCACACAAUUCAUAUCCCCCUGUUCACAGCACUUGUUCUGUCAUCCAGCCUAUUAAUACAUGUGUCUUUUUUUUGUUUUUUAAAUGCAGAUGAUUUUCUGAAAUGUCAUGUAUUGGUCAUUGGUGAAGAGAACCAGAGGAGUUGCAGCUGGCCAUGUUUUCACUUUUUAGUUUUUUUCAUUAAGACUUAAGUUUAAGUAUUUAACAUUCAAGUGUAAUAGACUUGAAUUGCUACUGUAUUAAACAUUCAAGUAUGGCUACUGUAUUGCUAUUUGCUAUGGAAGUUUAUGACUUUAUGCAGAAUAUUUAUGACUUUAAUU